GAUGUUGUGGAAUUCCAUUGUUUAUACAGGACAUCCUGAACAAUACAAUGUAUUUUGGCUUGACUGAAUAUUUAGUAAUAACAGUGUUCCAGCAUCAUCCAGCCCAGCUGGAACUUAAACUGAUACCAAAACGUAUGAGUGAACUUUCCACUGUUUGGGUAAUGCUGUCUGUUCUCUCUCAUCAUCAUCAUCAUCAUCAUCCUCAUCGAGUCUAAUGAGCAUCAGCACAUCCGCAGACUGUGAGACGCACUUUCUCUAGACUGCACUGACCUCUAGUGGACUUUAUAGGCACUACAAGUAAAACUGUCAAGUCCGUUCAUAAAAUGUGAUACACACCUGGAAUUAUAUUGGAAUCGUAUUUUAUAUUCUAUUAGAUGUGUUAGUGUCUUUAUACCACCAUAUUCUGUAAUAAUACAUAUGUCAGUGAGAUGCUGUGACCGUCAGAGGCAGAUGUUACCUGUCCUCCGGUGUCUCCGGGUGUCUGCAGGUAGCCCUGCCCUGUGAGUAUCUGCACCCUGCGGGAAUUCCGCGUUCAAACCAAACACUUCCCCGCCCCGACCGACUCCUGCCAGAUCUCUUCUACAUCCUUCUCCUCCGGUAGCGUCAGGGAGACAUUUAUCAGCAACAGGCGCUUUUGUCGGCCAGUCAAGAUGGGAGAAUUGACGGAGCAGAAGAAGUUCUCCGAAGUUAUUUCUCAGAUUUUACAGGAGGCGCCGGCUGCCAGGAAGGGUCUAGUUGACAACCAGAGAAACCUCCUCCAAGUGGCGGAUUACUGCGAAAACAAUUAUCUACAGGCAGAGGAUACGGCCAAGGCUACUGCAGAGGCCAAAGCUUUGGCUAUCCAGUCGCUGGCCAGUGUCACCUACCAGAUCAACAGUCUGGCCUGCACCCUGCUGAGGCUGCUGGACACGCAAGCCAUGCAGAUCAAAGAUAUGGAGUCCUCGGUCAACCUGCUCUCACUGGCUGCAGCUAUCCACUACGAGAAGGUAGCCCGGAGAGAGAUUGGUGCUUUCACGACCCCCAAAACCAAGAAUCGUGCCAAGCCUCUGACCCCACCGGCCUCAGGCAAGGAGACGGAGAAAAGCUACAAUAGAGUGUCGAUAUCGUACUCCAUCUUGGACUCCAUCGGACACAGUUUUUUUCAGGUCACUGAGCAGCAGCCCAGAAAGAGAGCAGGGACAACAGACAGCAUACAGAGCACUGCAUCCAGCGACAUCCCUGUAUCCCAUCUUGGCAUUGCUGUGCCUCCACCUUCAGUCCCCACCUUGCAAACCAUCUCCAACCCUACCAACGUCAGCCUGCCUCCCCCUCCUCCUCCCACUACCAAUUUGGACCCCACUAUGCCCUCUCCACCACCACCGCCGCCUCCCUCCAUGGACACUGGACUCCCCCCUCCACCCUUCUUGACCUCACCCACCUGUGUCCCGCCACCUCCCCCUCCGCCAGCAAUCUCUCCGUCACAUGGCAUGUACCCGCCUCCACCUCCCCCUGUAGGGGGGGGCUGCCCUCCUCCUCCGCCGCCUCCUCUAGUAUCCGGAGGCAGUCCACUUCCACCACCACCUCCUCCACCUCCUGCAGUGGGAGGUGCCCCUGGUCCUCCUCCUCCUCCACCACCACCACCACCUCAGACUGGCACAUCUGGUUUUGUGCCACCACCACCUCCUCCACCUCCACUAGGGUUAGGAGCUGUGCCCCCUCCUCCUCCACCACCACCACCUCAGACUGGCACAUCUGGUUUUGUGCCACCACCACCUCCUCCACCUCCACUAGGGUUAGGAGCUGUGCCCCCUCCUCCUCCACCACCACCACCUCAGACUGGCACAUCUGGUUUUGUGCCACCACCACCUCCUCCACCUCCAUUGGGGUUAGGAGCUGUGCCCCCUCCUCCACCACCACCACCACCUCCUCCACCUCUACACUAACAGACAUUACUGUUCAUGUUAGUGGAUGAUUUUAACUCCUUGUAGAGUGUCUCUGGCGGUUAGUGAGCAUGCACGGUUUUCUUCCUCAGAUGAAUCUGUGAGGCGUGUACAGUGUGGAGGAUAUUUUCAGGCCUGAGAUCAACGUUGAGCAUAAAUAAAAGAUUUUAAACAGGAUGUGUGUCGCGGCUUAACCCUGAGAGGUUUUGUGACAAUGGUACAAUGUGAGCCUCAAAUUAUACAUUUUUGUCUCUGGGACUCCUUCAGCUGCAGUCCAGAUACCUCCAACAUGUUUUGACAACACCUCGGCUGCAUUCCUAAGCAACAAGCUACAACAUGGACUCCCCUGUAUGCUCUUAUCUAUUUUCCUGGUUAGCGCUCUGCCCUUUAUUAUGACAUAUUUCUGCUAUUUAAAACCACUGUUGGACUCAAAGCUUGGGUGUGGGUGUGGUGGUGGGGGGGUGUACCUACAUUUGGAUUUUUCAAAGUAGGGAAACUCAGAAUGCAAAACACAGAUAGUUAGCUACAUCUGCGCACUUGACUUCUUAAUUCUCAGCAACUUUAUGUUUAAGUUGUUAUUGACAACAUUCAGUCACUAAUUGUGGCAUUCUGUUGCUCCCCCUUCCAUUGUACUCACGAUAAGUCUCCGCUGUUGUUUGAACCAUCUGCCCCCAUCUAGUGGCUGCCAGUUUGUUGUAGCUAACAUUGCUAAUGCAAACGUCACGAGCGUCAGCUAACAUUAACGUUGCUCUAUUACAGCACAUUCUGUGUUUUUUUCACCCCAAUCUGGCAACUAAGACUGUCGACACUGACAAAACACAGACACCAUGUAAUACCAGCGGUGUUGUACUGUUGGCUGACAAACCUUGUUAGAAGCUGAGAGCAACUGUCAGAGUUCUUACACAGAGAUAAACAAAACAAUCAU